UUUCCAUAAUUUUUAACUGGUAUUCUUAUAGCGGUUUUAUGAAGAGAGACGAUAGGAGGGAUACAGGAAGGCCUUUUUAUGGGGAUGAUUCUCGGGAACGUUUCAUGGACAAACCUAGGUCUGAAGGCCCUGGUGGAUUUGAUCACUUUUCUGGACCUGGUGGUGAUUCUUUUAAUGCUCGGUCUAUGAACUUUCCGAGUGGUCCACCCCCAAGAAUGCCUACUGGAGGUUUUCCCAAGCCUAAUGAAUGUGAAAUAAUUGUUGUAAAUAAAAAUCACAGGGUUUAUGCAGAGUCAGUUGAAGCUAGAGUGAAAGAAAUUGGAAUUGUUGUUGAUAUGCUGUUUUUAAAAGAUGAAGCUCUCUUAACACAGACCAUUGAUGAUAUUGCUCGCCGUGGUAGCUUAUAUGCGAUGGUUAUUAGCCCGCAAAAUGAAACUCAUAGAUCUGUUACAGUUAAUAUUCUUCAUGGCACUCCUCAAGUGGUACUGACUCCUACAAAGAUGUUUUCUAACUAUUUAAUCAGGUGUAGUUUGUUUUUCCAUAGUUAAAGCUUAGCUAAAUGGGAACAACUUGCUGUCAUCUCAUGCAAAUAAAUUUACAAGUGGAAAAACGUUUUAUAUUUAACAAGGUUGUCUUUUAUUUUAUUUUGAAUUAUAAUUGUAUUUGGCUAUAAUCAUGUUUGAAUUUAUAUGAUAUUGCAUGGAAUUAAAGAUAAAUUAUGUGUUA